CCGUCUCACUUCCGGUUAGAAUUCACAACAGAGCCGCAGCACGGAAGCUAAUUAAUUUGAGCAACGUUUGGCUAAUAAGCGUUAAUGUAGCGUAAAUACGCAUCACCAACAAUGAUUCCUUACACGGUCAACAUCAAACUCGCGGCUCGGACGUUGACUGGCACGCUCAAUUUACAGAACAAAACCGCUGUAGAUUGGGGUUGGCAGGGGCUGAUAGCUCAGGGAUGCCACUCCAGUAUUCUGAUCAUCGAUCCAAAGACAUCCCAGACCAUCCAGGUGCUGGAGAGACACAAGGCAAAUGUGGUCAAGGUGAAAUGGUCCAGGGAAAAUUACUACCACAACCUGAGCUCGCCGUACUGUCUGCGACUGGCCUCAGGAGACGCCUCGGGGAAGAUUAUAGUUUGGGACGUGGUCAGUGGCACUGCCCACUGUGAGAUCCAGGAGCACUCCAAACCCAUCCAGGACUUGGAGUGGUUGUGGAAUCAGGAUGCGUGUCGUGAUCUUCUGCUGGCGGUCCACCCUCCCAACUACAUUGUUCUGUGGAAUGGAGACACCGGCACCAAGUUGUGGAAGAAGAGCUACGCUGAGAACAUCCUUUCGUUUUCUUUUGACCCCUUUGACCCGACCAACAUGGCAUUGCUGACCAGUGAAGGAAUAGUCUUUAUCACAGACUUUACUCCCGCCAAACCACCAGGCAGUACUGGCAAAAAGGUCUACAUCGCCAGUCCUCAUGCAAGCCCAGCACACACCAAACCUCCACCCACCGCUGCUCCAGCCCCCACCGGUGCCAAGAAAGCCCUGAACAAAGUCAAAGUGCUCAUCACCAAUGAAAAACCAACCGCGGAGGCGGUGACGUUGAACGACUGCCUGCAGCUGUCCUACCUGCCGUCCAAGAGAAACCACAUGCUGCUGCUUUAUCCCAGGGAGAUUUUAAUCCUGGACCUGGAGCUCAGCCAGACGGUGGGUGUGGUGGCCAUCGAGCGCUCCGGGGUGCCCUUCACACAGGUGAUUCCCUGUGCUCAGCGUGACGCCCUCUACUGUCUCCACGAGAAUGGUUGUAUCACGCUACGAGUGUGUCGCUCCACCACUGCUCCAGAGGAAGCAGCAGACCCAGAACAGAGUGUCCAGGAGCUCGUGUACGACCUGCGCUCUCAGUGCGAUGCCAUUCGAGUCACCAAGACGGUGCGGCCGUACCGCAUGGUUAUCUGCCCCGUCAACGAAAACAACGCCGCCCUCAUGGUCAGCGACGGCAGAGUGAUGCUGUGGGAGCUCAAAGCGCACACCGGCAAGCCUGCUGCCAAUCCCAGUUCGGGUCUGUCGCCGCUCUACUCCCCCGUGUCGUUCUGUGGAGCACCGCUGGCUCCGAACCAGAAAAAGAUUCAGGACCUCUCUCUCAACAGCAUGAUCGGCCAGACCUUGAUACCUGGUGAGGCUACUCCUCCAACAUUCAACCAGCAGGAGGUCCAGUUGAAGUUCCUGCUGACUGGCCUGCUCUCCGGUCUGCCGCUGCCACCCUUUGCCCUCCGCAUGUGUCCACCUCUCACCACCAAAAACAUCAACCACUACCAGCCCCUUCUGGCUGUAGGCACCAGCAAUGGGUCUGUACUCGUCUAUAACCUGACCAGUGGUCUUCUACACAAAGAACUCAGUGUUCAUUCUUGUGAAGUCAGGGGGAUCGAAUGGGUGAGCCUCACCAGUUUCCUAUCGUUUGCCACAUCUGCUCCCAACAACAUGGGCCUCGUGCGAAAUGAACUGCAGCAUGUCGACCUGCCUACAGGCAGAUGCUUUGCAUUCAGAGGCGAGCGAGGAAAUGAUGAGCCACCCAUUGAGAUGAUUAAAGUGUCUCAUCUCAAGCAGUACCUCGUGGUGGUGUUCAGGGACAAACCCCUGGAGCUUUGGGACAUUAGGACCGGGACACUGCUCCGGGAGAUGGCUAAGAACUUCCCCACCGUCACUGCACUGGAGUGGUCGCCAUCACACAACCUGAAGAGUCUAAAGAAGAAGCAGAUUGCAGCGCGGGAGGCAAUGGCUCGGCAGACGGUUUCAGAUGCUGAGCAGAGCAACGUUGAAUCUUCAGUCAUCAGUCUCCUGCAGGAUGCCGAGAGCAAAUCAGAGACCGGCCAGGCCAUCUCAGCCAGAGAGCACUUUGUAUUCACUGACACGGACGGACAGGUGUACCACAUCACCGUAGAGGGCAACACAGUCAAAGACGGCGCACGAAUACCCCCUGAUGGCAGUAUGGGCAGUAUUGCCUGCAUCGCCUGGAAAGGAGACACCCUGGUGCUCGGGGACGUGGACGGCAAUCUCAACUUCUGGGACCUCAAAGCUCGUCUCUCAAGAGGAAUACCGACACACCGUGGCUGGGUGAAGAAAAUUCGCUUCGCUCCAGGGAAGGGCAACCAGAAGCUGUUGGUCAUGUACACAGAUGGAGCUGAGGUGUGGGACACCAAAGAGGUCCAAAUGGUCAGCAGCAUGAGGUUUGGUCGCAAUGUCAACUACCGCAUCUUAGAUAUUGACUGGUGCACUUCAGACAAGGUCGUUCUGGCGUCGGAUGAUGGCUGCAUCCGAGUGCUGGAGAUGGCCAUGAAAUCCGCGAGCUACCGCAUGGACGAACAAGACCUGACUGAUCCAGUGUGGUGCCCUUACCUUCUUUUGCCUCGAGCCGCCCUCACUCUCAAAGCUUUCCUUCUGCUGCAGCCCUGGUCAGGAACUUUCACCAUGGACAUAACUCAAGUAGACUACAGUGAGAAAGGAGAGAUAAAAGGCCUGAUCCAGGAGCAGCUCAACUCGUUGUCGAACGAUAUGAAGAGUGUGCUCCAGGACCCGGAGCUCAGUCUUCUGCAGCGAUGCCUCCUGGUCUCACGGCUGUUCGGGGAUGAGUCGGACCUUCACUUCUGGACGGUGGCGUCCCACUACCUCCAGUCCUUCGCACAGGCCCGUCAGCUAAGCGUGUCUACUUCAGAGGGUCCGGCCCAGAGUGAAGAGACCCAGCCAUCGCCUCAGAACCACCUGGACAUCUGCCACGAUGUCCUGUGUGAGAGCUCUUACUUCCAGAAGUUCCAGUUGGAUCGUGUUCACCUGCAGGAGGUGAAGCGCUCCAGUUAUGAGCACACGAAGAAAUGCGCCGACCAGCUGCUCCUGCUGGGUCAGACGGACAGGGCGGUGCAGUUACUGUUGGAGACGAGCGCAGACAACUCCAGCUACUACUGCGAUUCGCUCAAGGCCUGCCUGGUGACCACCAUCACCUCGUCGGGACCCUCGCAGUCUACGAUCAAACUUGUGGCCACGAAUAUGAUCGCUAACGGCAAGCUAGCAGAGGGAGUACAGCUGUUGUGUUUGAUUGACAAGGCGGCGGACGCUUGCCGCUACUUGCAGACCUACGGGGAGUGGAACCGAGCCGCAUGGCUGGCCAAGGUGCGUCUGAAUCCAGCGGAAAGCUCGGAUGUGCUGAAGCGCUGGGCCGAACACCUGUGCUCCACACAGGUCAACCAGAAAUCCAAAGCCAUCCUCGUGCUGCUUUCCCUGGGCUGCUUUUACAAAGUAGGAGAGAUGCUCCACAGCAUGAGGCACUUUGAUCGCGCCGCCCUCUUCAUUGAGGCCUGUCUGAAGUAUGGGGUGAUGGAGGCCAACGACUCUUCCAAUAAACUUAUCGAGGCUGCGUUUUUGGACUACGCGCGUCUGCUGCGCACGCUGGGCCUGCGGGAGGGCGCCGCUCUGUGGGCGUCGCGGGCCGGCAGCGCCGGGGAGCAGCUGAUGGAGGAGCUGUUCCAGGGGGAGGCGGGAGAGGCCGUUCUGGGCGAAGAAGUGGAGCCGAGCCAGGAGAGCACAGAGUGACCUGGGUGACGAGAGGUUCUGAAGAGGACGGAUGAGAAGGCUCACCCAUUCACCAUCACUUCAGUAACUCACGCAUCGCGAAUGAACCUCGUCUCAGAACCAUCGAGCAGUUCACUCCCUGUGAAGAGACUGCGUGCGGCUCCAAUGACAUUUCUUUAGGUUUGGUUUGACCAGUGUGUGUUUGUGCUCAUGUUCGUCUGCAUGUAGCGACCUUAAAAAGAAACAUUCCCCCAACAAGUGAAGUAGUACACCUCCUCUUCAACGUAAUAGUCCGUGUUUUGUUCGCUCAAUGAAUAUAAUGUUUUUUUUUUUUUAAUGGUUUCUUGUUGAGCCUUAUUCUGUGUGCCUGUAUUAAUAAUUUCAACGUACUGUUGUAGCUUCGCGGGUUUGAUUUGCCGUCAUGUAGCUGAGAUGAAAAGUGGCAGAACGAAUUUAUCCACAAAUAACACGGUCCCUAUUUCCUUUUGAAAAUGCGCCGUCAUUAUAGAAGACCACCAUUAUUUCUAUAUAACUGAAUUCCAAGAUUUUUUUUUCCAUUUGUGAUUUGACCAAAAAAAAAAAAAGACAUGUCUGUCCUCAUAUCUGAGGUCAGACACGUAACACGCUGCGCAUUUCAUCCAUAGCAGGUGGUGUUUUAUAGUGAUAUGACAAAAUCCUGCUGCUGCUCAAGCCUCUGUAAGCAGAUGUAGAUGGAUGGCGGUAAAAUUAUAUGGCCAGACGACCCUGCACUUAUUAGACACUUAUUAUUAGUCCCUCCACAGAGAGAGGAGAGGACUCUGGCUGCUGCCACCUGAGUGAUACAAUUUAAUUAGCUUCUGUAGAGAGUUACUGGUAUCUAUUGGUUAUUCCACUCCAUUAAAACAAAUGGGAUUUUUAAUUUUCUAUUUUUAUGAAGAGGAUACCUUGAAUUUUGUACGUUUGCGUAUUGAAGUUGUUCUCUAGUGUGUGCGCUAUAGGACGAGCUGUCGAAAUGCGUUUUAAGUCAUUCUUAAUCAUCAGACCUCUGACGGGAUCACUCACACGUGAGUAAUAAUCUGUGCUGCUUCCAGUGUUGCUCAUCACAAUCACACACAGAGGCCUGCCGCCAGCUCUCUUUUUGCUCUACAAAAAAAAAGAAAAAAUUUUCCCGACCAUCUAAACCCACGUGUGUGUGACAAUGCAAAGACUUAAGAAGUGAUUGUUGUGUUUAAUUGCCUUGUGACGUGUUUUUGUUGUCCAUCCACGGGGACCUUUUGGUGUGUUGUCGUGUUUCACGGACACGUCAGCGCUGUGUCACUAUGGCAACCCAGCCACGUUUUAAGGGGGGGCCACGUGUUGUUCCUGUUGAUCCAAUUCACGCAGCCCCUGCUGUAACCCUGUAGGAUGUCAUAAAACUGAAACGGCACAGAGUCGCAGUCACUGAGCAAAUGUAUAGAUAUUGUCCCCCUCCUCCUCCAGUCAUGUAAGUAUUGUGGAAUGAACACGUACUGUACCACCUCUUCGUGGUUAGCCUCUAGUUUGAUUAACACGUGCUGCUUUUCUUUAUACUUGGAAGAACUCUUCAAAACAACACCGUUCACGAGAGACGUCAUGCCUUUAGCUGUUUGUUUUGUAGGGAUAUAAAUCAUUGUAAUGGUGUCAAAGUUCUGCUCAUUUUUUUUUCUUUGUUUACACAGUGAUCCUCAUGCUUUAACUUCUAUAAAUAUUAAAAGAGAAAGAAGAUAUAUGAAUAUAUGGAUGGCAAUAAAAAUCAAUAUUAUUA